CCCCAGUAGUCACUGCCCAUACUGAUGUUGAUGAGUGAAAGGACUCAGUAUCGGGACCGUGGUGUCAUUGGACCGUCAAAAGCAGGUUGUAUACAAGGCAAAUACGUUUGAAUGAUUCUUGGACUUCAUUCGUCGAGCAGCUGGUCGAUAACAAAUUGGCGGAAAAUUUUUGUGAGGCAUCAUGACUGCAACUGGAUCUAUUUGACAUUAGAGGCGGCGAUCAAUCGCCAUGUUAUCUCGAUAAGAACUCCGAUUACUUGAACUACUCAACACCGGGUAUAUCCGAUAUAGCCUCAGCAACUCAUCAAAGACUUCCUAUCACACAAACCUCGAGGCGAUGAUGGCAAUGCGUCGCUAAACAGGCGUUCCCUCUAUAUCUCAGGUACCAAUAGGUCUUCAUGCGCCACUCGACGCAAGUCUGGAUGGAUUGUUGAGGGUGGUCUUCAUCUGCCUAUUGGAAUGCCAAGCAGUUGAUAUUUGACAUGACUAUUGGUUGAAUGACUUGAGAUUAAUCUAUCCUCAUAACAUCGAGUAACAGGGGCAUGUAUCGGCCACUUGUUGCGUCCUUACAACCCAUUGUAAGCGCAGGUAUCUCUCGGGGUUCGAAUCGGCCUCCUACAAUUGACAACAACCUACCCUUGCUUCUAAGCCAUCAGAACGAAACCUUUCGAGGAAAGGUCUGACAGAAUCCGUUUGAGAAACUUCAGGGCCAGUGUGAGCCAUGCGAAAUAUGGUUUGUCAUAAGGCAUGAGUGCCAUAUUCAAAUCCUCACACCGAGGGGAAAAGUCGCCCAAGACCGCGAUAGCGAACAGAGACUUGCGUGAAGUUGCCUCCUUUAGUGAUCUGUCAUAUUCAACGGUCUUCGAUGCAGCGAAACUAGCGAUAGCAGGAAACGUAUAGAUUUGCGAAGAAAGGCGCGUUAUCGUAUUCGGGCCAAGGUCUAGGCUCGGAUUGACAUUCGGGCAUAUUACUCUCUGUGAAUGACCCUCGUGAUACAGACUCGGAAAACGCAGGAAGAAACAGUUCUGUUCCGUAUUCUUCCUUAUAAUUGCUAAUUCGCGAUAUCUAGUAAUGCGGAGGAGGCGGAACAAGACAAAGUCCAGCCAUAAAGAUCGUUGUAUGAUGUGGGUUGACUAAGAGUGAAAUCAUGAGGCUGCUUAUAGCACUAGGCAUUUAUUCCUAGUGGGUGGGAUGCUUUUUGAUGACAGAUCAUGGAAUCAUAUCAUUAUGUCGUAGGUAUUUAAAGACUGCGUUUGCGCAUCUCCGCGGGAAUCAGCAUCUCCAAGGAAUGACACGCUCGGUCUUCAGGUCAUCAAAUUUGAUUGUGCAUUCUUCUAAAAUUUAAUAUGAAGAAACAAAAUAACUUUGCUUAUGAGAAAAUUGCGGAAUGGUAUCUGUAGUAACUCAUACUUAAACAACUGGAGUGAAGAGCAAUCUGGUUAGGUUUUACUGUGGACACAGUCCAUAAAGUAGGAAGAAGGCCAACUUCUUUGCAUGGCCGUGAACUCCCGAACAGUACGGCCAUAGACGCAUUGACAAGUAAUGGUGCAGAUAUUUGUAACACCCACUGCAGAUGCCUGACAAUCCGACUCGCCCGCCCGAUUGCCCAUGCAGCGGAAAUGCCAUCUUCAAGCAUAAGCCGAGACAGAUCGGAACAUGUUUGGAAAUCAAUUGCAUCUCGUGAUCUCAUCGAAUACGGAUGAAUAUGGAAUACUUCAAGCCCCAUACUCCACAUCUGAUUUUCGCUUCCAUGAAAUAUAACCUGCUGGCAUCGCUUCCGUUAUUCCCAUCACCAUGGCUACUACAAAGCUUCAAUUCGCACUCCGCAACAAAAGAGCACUCUUUAGUCUACAGCGUUUCAGCAGAACCUACACUAUGGCAUCUGACGCACCGAGCUUCCCUUUCUCGCGCGCCUCUGGCCCCGAGCCACCCGCCGAGUUCGCCAAACUUCGAGCUAUAAAUCCCAUUUCCCAAGUCAAGCUUUUUGACGGCUCUCUCGCCUGGCUCGUCACUAAGCACAAAGAUGUCUGCUUCGUAGCUACUUCCGACAAGCUCUCCAAGGUCCGCACUCGCCAAGGCUUCCCUGAGCUUAACGCCGGUGGAAAACAAGCAGCCAAGGCAAAGCCGACAUUUGUCGACAUGGAUCCCCCAGAGCACAUGCAGCAGAGGAGCAUGGUGGAGCCAACCUUUACCCCCGAAGCUGUCAAGAAUUUGCAGCCUUACAUCCAGAAGACUGUCGAUGAUCUACUGGAGCAGAUGAAGCAGAAGGGAUGUGCCAAUGGUCCAGUUGACCUUGUCAAAGAGUUUGCUCUCCCUGUCCCCUCCUAUAUCAUCUACACACUUCUCGGAGUUCCCUUCAAGGAUCUCGAGUAUCUUACGCAGCAGAACGCCAUUCGUACAAAUGGUAGCUCCACUGCCCGAGAAGCCUCUGCCGCCAACCAGGAGCUCCUUGACUACCUUGCAACUCUAGUCGAGCAGCGUCUCGUAGAACCGAAGGAUGAUAUCAUCAGUAUGCUCUGCACUGAGCAAGUCAAGCCUGGAAAUAUCGACAAGUCCGACGCUGUCCAGAUUGCUUUCUUGCUUCUGGUCGCCGGCAACGCUACCAUGGUCAACAUGAUAGCCCUGGGCGUCGCAACUCUGGCUCAGCACCCUGAUCAGCUGGCGCAACUCAAGGCCAACCCAUCGCUUGCGCCCCAGUUUGUUGAGGAGCUCUGUCGCUACCACACUGCGUCUGCACUCGCCAUCAAGCGCACUGCCAAGGAGGAUGUCAUGAUCGGCGACAAGCUCGUCCGUGCAAACGAAGGCAUUAUCGCAUCCAACCAGUCAGCCAACAGGGACGAAGAAGUCUUCGAGAAUCCUGAUGAGUUCAACAUGAACCGCAAGUGGCCUACUCAAGAUCCUCUUGGCUUUGGCUUUGGUGAUCACAGAUGUAUCGCCGAGCAUCUGGCAAAGGCUGAGCUUACAACUGUGUUCUCAACGCUAUAUCAGAAGUUUCCAGAUCUCAAGGUUGCUGUUCCAUUGGAAAAGAUCAACUAUACCCCUCUGGACAGGGAUGUCGGAAUCGUGGAUCUGCCUGUCACUUUCUGAGAAUAUCCAGAGUAGCGGAUAUAGCCGUUUUCGUAUAUAGCUCUGAUUUAGCACCCGAAUAAAUUGUCUCAGCUCUACUUACGUCGACCUGCGAACCGUGGUUGAAACGAUCCCUGUUUCUUCAGACUACAUCACUGUCUAAACGACUUUACUGUAGAAAUGCUAAAUGAAUCAAUGAGUCCAA